AUAUUUUUUCGUUUCGAUUACUAAAAAUAGCAGCCAACUUGAAACAGCUGAUAUCUAAAUAGACAGUUGUGACAGCCAAAACAAUAACAGAGAGGAAUAACAAAAACAGAGAGUACUGUUUUGUUGCCGGCGACUAGUAGAGAUGCCAGGUUCAGUAAAUGAAAUAUUAUUCAGUUAAUUAAAAAUUUUGUCAAAAAUUAAAUCUUUGACAACAAACUAGGACGGACUGCUUUUAACCGAAAAAAAAAAAUAAAAUAAUAGUAAAAUUUGCAAAUGUGUAAAUAUGUACGAUUAUUUGUUUGAAUUUUGAGUUUUAUGCGAAAAUAAUUUUCUAAGAAUGAUAAUAUGCGGUGUUUGACAACCCUGUAGCGUCUUAUCAGACCUUAACCAGCUGAUAACAGCAAUGCUUUCAAAACUGUGCGAAAUCAUAAAAUAGUGCAAAUAGUUAAAUUUGCUGAAAUUAGAGUUAAAAUAGAUAAAAUGAAUUUGCGUCAACUGCAGAAGUGUAAAAAAUAUAUUUUGCUUUGUUUGAACAACAACAGAGCUAUACAAAUUAGACAAAUAAGCAGCGCAAAAUGUUUACACCGUUCGUUAGUGCCCGUACUGGAGCAAAAUAAAACCUCAACCAAAGAUGUCUUGACGCAUUUUGAAUUUCAUGGACAAUGGCCAACAGAGGAGCAACAGCUUUUCAUCAAAGAUUUGCGUUUGCAUACAGAUUUCAUAACCGUGGAAGAAGAAACCAAAUUGCUGGAAGAAAUCGAGCCUUAUAUGAAGCGACUGCAUUACGAGUAUGAUCACUGGGACGAUGCUAUACAUGGCUUCCGCGAAACGGAGCGCAAGCAAUGGUAUCCACACAACCGCGCAGUACUCGAUGGUGUGCGUCAAAUUGCCUUCGAUGGUGCGAUUAUGCCUUAUGUACACAUACUGGAUUUAGCGGCAGAGGGCGUCAUCAAACCACAUGUAGACAGCACGAGGUACUGCGGCAACACCAUAGCCGGCAUUAGUUUACUAAGUGAUAGCGUAAUGCGUUUGGUGCGCGUUGAUGAACGUAAAUACCUGCAAGGUAAAGCUGUGGAAGCGUCUAUAGCACCGGCGCAUAAUGACAGCACAGCUGCACAAAGUGCCGCAGAGUCGGAUGAUGUGUAUCGGAAUCGUCCAAAAACCACUUUGGAGAACAAUUUCUAUGUUGAUGUGCUAUUGCGUCGUCGUUCUUUGUACAUAAUGAGUCACACCUCACGCUACAACUUUACGCAUGAAAUACUGGGCAACGAUGUGUCACAUUUUCAAGGACAACAUGUGAAAAAGGAUCGGCGUGUAUCGAUUAUUUGCCGCAAUGAUCCAUGAAAGCCAGUGAAUAUCAGUUUUAAAUGAUUUUUAGUGAAGAAUCUGGGACUAAGACGGAAUUUUAUUGACGUUUUGUUAUUUAAUUAGUUUAGAAUACAUAAAUAAUUUAUAUUAAUUAAUAAAAAUUUACUGCGUGAUUUUCUGAAAGUUAUAAUUGUGUAUAAUUGCACUUAAAUAAAUAAAAAAUUAAAAAACAAAA